AUGGCGACGAACACGCCCAAUUUAGAGUGUCGUAUGUAUGAAGCCAAGUACCCAGAGGUGGACAUGGCGGUGAUGAUUCAGGUGAAGAACAUCGCAGACAUGGGAGCCUACGUUUCUCUUCUGGAGUACAACAACAUCGAGGGCAUGAUUCUAUUCUCCGAGCUCUCUCGCCGCCGAAUUCGAAGUGUCAGCAGCCUCAUCAAGGUCGGCCGCAUCGAGCCUGUCAUGGUCCUUCGUGUUGAUAAAGAAAAGGGUUACAUAGAUCUUAGCAAGAGGAGGGUCUCCGAGGAGGAUAUUCAGGGUUGUGAGGAGAGGUAUAACAAGAGUAAGCUCGUUCACUCCAUUAUGCGUCAUGUUGCCGAGACUAUGAAUCUCGAUCUCGAGGAUCUGUAUAUUCAUGUUGGCUGGCCUUUGUACCGGAAAUAUGGUCAUGCUUUUGAGGCAUUCAAGUUAAUCGUUACUGAUCCUGAUUCAGUCCUUAAUUCCCUCACCCGUGAAGUUAAAGAAAUUGGCCUUGAUGGACAGGAGGUGACUAAAGUGGUUCCUGCUAUAUCAGAUGAAGUUAAAGAUGCUUUAGUAAAAAACAUUAGGAGAAGAAUGACUCCACAACCAUUGAAAAUUCGGGCUGAUAUUGAGAUGAAAUGUUUCGAGUUUGAUGGUGUUCUUCACAUUAAGGAAGCCAUGCGGAAAGCUGAAGCGGCUGGCAAUAAAGAUUGCCCAGUGAAAAUUAAAUUGGUAGCUCCUCCAUCAUAUGUUCUUAAUACUCAGACACUUGACAAGGAACAAGGCAUAACAAUUCUUAAUAAAGCAAUUGCCGCUUGCUCUGAAGAAAUAGCACGUCACAAGGGAAAACUUAUUGUAAAGGAGGCAGCCAGAGCAGUGAGUGAACGGGAAGAUAAACAACUUGCUGAACAGAUGGCUAAGCUGGGCCGUGAAAAUGAAGAGGUCAGUGGCGAUGAAGACAGUGAAGAGGAGGAAGAUACGGGUAUGGGAGAUAUUGACUUGGAAAACUCAGGUACUGGGUUAACAGAGUGAAAAUGCAGCCUUAGGCGAUGACUGAAGUUUUUUCCCCAUCUUAUAUGGUCACAUUUAUUUUUCAACCUCAGUGUCUGAACCGGUGUAUAAAAACCUGUAUCAAAGUAACCAUGAUGGCUGGUUAUUUGGCCUAUGUUGAGCAGUUUUUCUCUAGCCAAUGUGAUGUUUGAUUGAAAUUUUUCUGUGUUGCUGUAGUGUGAACAAUUUGGUACCUCUCUCUCUCUCUCUCUCUCUGUCUGUCUCUCUCUCUCUCUCGUAUGCCAGCUUUUGGAAAAGAAUGACUGGUAUUUACUAAUAUUUUGUUUGUAGCUGCAUUCCUAGCCAUUGCAAUUGGAUUUGAUAAUUUUGAAGCUUGUUUGCUUGAAUGAUAAUUUUAAGGUGGUAUUGAUGAUGGGGAAGUUUGGAA